AUGAAUAUUUUAAUUUUAUUUUAUUUAUAUAUUGUUCACUUUCUUCCUCUUUUUCUCCGCCCAGGCCAGCAGCCACUGUCUUCUCUCUCUCUCUCUCUCUCUCUCUCUCUCUCUCUCUCACACGCACACACACACUCUUUCACUCUCUUUAUUUUCCCGGAAAAUCUCGGUUUUCCUGAGAAAAAACAAAAGAAAAGAAAACAUUGGGGAGAUGAUUUCGACUAGGUCCGUUUUGCGCGGGCAGCUAAGACCGUCGGUUGCUUUGUUGCACUCUUCAUUUUACUCUUCUUUAUCAUCUGCAGCUGCAAUUCAAGCUGAGAGAACAAUCAGACAAGGCCCCAGAAAUGACUGGAAACGCGACGAGAUCAAGGCCGUCUAUGGCUCUCCUGUUCUCGAUCUCCUUUUCCACGGGGCUCAAGUUCACAGACACACGCAUAAUUUUAGGGAAGUGCAGCAGUGUACUCUUCUCUCUAUCAAGACUGGUGGAUGUAGUGAGGAUUGUUCGUAUUGUCCUCAAUCAUCCCGGUAUGACACAGGACUCAAGGCCCAAAAGCUUAUGACAAAGGACGCUGUCAUGGAGGCAGCACAAAAGGCAAAAGAGGCUGGAAGCACACGCUUUUGCAUGGGAGCUGCAUGGAGGGAUACAGUUGGAAGAAAGACAAACUUUAACCAGAUCCUUGAAUAUGUAAAAGACAUAAGGGAUAUGGGAAUGGAGGUGUGCUGCACCUUAGGCAUGCUAGAAAAGCAACAAGCUUUGAAACUCAAAGAAGCAGGCCUGACAGCAUACAAUCACAAUCUUGACACCUCUAGGGAAUAUUACCCAAAUGUCAUUACCACAAGGACCUAUGAUGAGCGCUUGGAAACCAUUAAGUUUGUCCGGGAUGCAGGAAUUAGUGUGUGUUCAGGAGGAAUAAUAGGGCUCGGAGAAGCAGAGGAGGAUAGAGUUGGUUUGCUUCAUACAUUAGCAACACUCCCAUCUCACCCAGAAAGUGUUCCCAUCAAUGCACUGGUUUCAGUGAAAGGCACACCUCUUCAAGAUCAGAAGCCAGUUGAAAUUUGGGAGAUGAUACGAAUGAUUGCCACUGCCCGUAUAGUCAUGCCAAAAGCAAUGGUCAGAUUGUCUGCUGGCAGAGUAAAGUUUUCAAUGCCAGAGCAGGCAUUGUGCUUUCUUGCUGGUGCAAAUUCGAUAUUCACUGGUGAGAAGCUAUUGACUACUCCAAACAAUGAUUUUGAUGCUGAUCAACUUAUGUUCAAGGUGCUUGGUCUGAUUCCCAAAGCUCCCAGUUUCUCUGAGGAACCAGCAAAGGCAUAUGAGGCAGAGGCUUGUGAGGAAGCUGUUUCCAGUUCAGGCUGAAAUUGCUAUACUAGGAGAGUGUUGGUCUGUAGUUUCUUACAUUUUUUGAGCUGUAAUUUUAGCGUUAGUUUGUAGCUGAAAGAAUUGUACUCGAAGUAAAAUUCAGUUAGAAAAUAAAAGCGAAAUUUAGUAA